AUGAAAGGUCAUAGUGGUUAUGUUUAUUCAGUAUGCUUCUCUCCUGAUGGUACUACCUUAGCAUCUGGUAGUGAAGAUAACUUUAUCCGUUUAUGGGAUGUUAAGUCAGGCUAAUAAAAGGCCAAAUUUGAUGGUCAUAAGCAUAAAGUCAAAUCAGUAUGCUUCUCUCCUGAUGGAACUAUACUAGCAUCUGGUAGUUGGGAUAAGUCUAUCCGUUUAUGGGAUGUUAAGACAGGAUAAUAAAAGGCGAAAUUGGAGGGUCAUAGUUGUGGAGUUAACUCAGUAUGCUUCUCUCAUGAUGGUACUAUAAUUGCAUCUGGUAGUAAUGAUAAGUCUAUCUAUUUAUGGAAUGUUAAGACAGGGUAAUAAAAGGCGAAAUUGGAGGGGCAUAGUUGUCAAGUUAACUCUAUAUGCUUUUCUCCUGAUGGUACUACAUUAGCAUCUAGUAGUAAUGAUAACACUAUUAUCUUUUGGGAUAUUAAGACAAGAUAAUAUAAGUUAUAAAUGGAUAGUCAUAGUAGUUAUGUUCCCUCUAUAUGCUUCUCUCCUGAUGGUACUACAUUAGCAUCUGGUAGUUGGGAUAAGUCUAUUCGUUUAUGGGAUAUUAAGGCAGGAUAAUAAAAUUCCAAAUUUGAUGGUCAUAGUGGUUAUAUUUAUACAGUAUGCUACUCUCCUGACGGAACUACACUAGCAUCUGGUAGUGAAGAUAACUCUAUCCGUUUAUGGGAUGUUAAGACAGGCUUAUAAAAGGCAAAAUUGAAAGGACAUAGUGGUUAUGUUUAUUCAGUAUGCUUCUCUCCUGAUGGUACUAUAUUAGCUUCUGGUAGUUGGGAUAAGUCUAUCCGUUUAUGGAAUGUGAAGACAGGAUAAUCAAAAAUCUAAUUGAAUGGUAAUAGUAGUUAAAUCAACUCGGUAUGCUUCUCUCCUGAUGGUACUACAUUAGCAUCUGUUAGUGCUGAUAAGUCUAUCCGUUUAUGGGAUAUUAAGACAGGAUAAUAAAAAGCCAAAUUGGAUGGUCAUAGGAAUUCAGUCAACUCAGUAUGCUUCUCUCCUGAUGGUACUACAUUAGCAUCUGGUAGUAGCGAUAAGUCCAUCCGUUUAUGGGAUGUCAAAACACGAUAAUAAAAAGCCAAAUUGGAUGGUCAUAGGAAUUCAGUCAACUCAGUAUGCUUCUCUCCUGAUGGUACUACAUUAGCAUCUGGUAGUAAUGAUAAGUCUAUUUUCUUAUGGAGUGUUAUGACGGGAUAAUAACAAACCAAAUUGGAGGGUCAUGUGGAUUAGAUCAACUCAGUAUGUUUCUCUCCUGAUGGAACUACACUAGCAUCUGGUAGCAGAGAUAAGUCUAUUUACUUAUGGGAUGUUAAGACAGGAUAAUAACAGACAAAAUUAGAUGGUCAUAGUAGUUGCGUUCUAUCAGUAUGCUUCUCUCCUGACGGUACUACAUUAGCAUCAAGUAGUGCUGAUAAUUCCAUUCUUCUAUAGGAUGUUAAAACAGGAAUAGAAAUUCACUCAUCUGAUAAAAAUUACAAAGAUGUUUUAAAAUAAUUUAAAACUCCAAAAUUUGAAAACAGUCCUUAUCCAGGUACCAAUCUAAAUAUUAUUUUAAUAUCCUAAUAAGCUAUUUUUUAAGCAUAGGACUCUUUAAUCUUGAAAGGUGAAUUUGUAAAUUAAUCAGGGAUCUAUUUAUACAAUUUAUUUAGACAAAAAGGUAGUACUUUUUUGGAAAGCCAGUUCUCCUCAAAGAAAAAAUGA